UCCAUUCACAAGGACGAUUUGAUCAACGCUUUGGGUUUGAAAAGUAAUUGUUACGUGCAAAUAACUCAUUUACAGGAAACCGUUAUCUUCAAAAUAAAAAAUUUUCACAUUACAGGAACCUACAAGUAUGGUCAAAUGUCAUGAUAUAUUGUUAUUGUUAUCAUUAAUGACAACCGUAAAAGUUCUGGAUACAUCUGUUGAUGACUCAAUAGACAAUUUAAUUGACGGGUUUCGGCGACAACAAAUGGCUAUGUCAGCAUCCCUCAUUAACGCCAGUCAGAAUUUAGGCCUUCCCGAUAGAUUAGCACAGGCGGAGGUAGACGAAGCCGAAGAAAGAGCAGCAAUAGCAAACCGAAGGAAAAAUGAAGCUAAAACUCCAUUUAUUGCUACAAGUUCCUUUCCUGGUGUGGGUUAUAUCGGGAGAGGAUAUGAUAUAUAUAAGGGAAACCCCCUUAGUGAUGAUGGUGAAGUAGAUCAAGGUUUUAGACUUCCGGUUAUAGAUUUACCAUUUUCCUCCCGUUUUACUAGUGAUGGAGAAUAUCGUAUUCCAGACAACGUGGAUGUUAUCCCGGAAGCAAGUGCAUCAUUUGGAUCAUCUUACCACCAGCUGAAAACAGAAACAGAUUAUCAAAGUAUGCUGCAAGUGGAUGUAUCUGUUCAAGCAAGUGCUAGUGGCUUUGGAUUCAGUGGAAGUUUCAGUGCUAGUACUUCUUACAAGAGAUCUGUUAAAGAAGUAACGAAAGGAGAAGCUACAACAGUAGAUAUUGUUGGUAGAGCUAAUGUUUACAAAGCAAGAUUGUCAUCAACGGGCACGAUAUCUAAGCUGAGUGAAGAGUUUGAGGACAGUAUCAGAGCCUUGCCAAUUGAGAGGUGUGAAGAGGAUGUCAUACAAAGAUUGUAUGUAAAAGUGAUUGAAGAAUUUGGGACUCAUUAUGCAACAGAAGUUGUCAUGGGAGCAAAAGCAGUACAAGAACUUCGAUUUAAAAAUUCUGAUUUGGACCGAUUUAAGUCACUAGGUGUCUCUGUUAAGGUCGCUGCUGAAAUGUCGUUUGGAUUAGGUUUCUUUUCUGGAGGCGCUGGAUUUAGUGUUGGAGUUACUUCAAAUGAAGAAUUGAGAGAGAUGCUGUCAAAAACUGAAAAGGAACAACGGGAGUAUUACAUUGGUGGAAGACCUCCAUCCAUGGAUUACAGUGCAGGUUCAACUGAAGCUCUACGAGAAUGGGCAAGAUCAGCAGCUGAAAAUCCAGCACCUAUCCGAUAUAAACUGGCAUCAAUUGACGCAAUUAUUAGACCUGAAUACUUUAAAAAGAAAAUCUUAGGAUUGUAUGAGAAAAAACAGUGUUUUAGAAAAGCCCUUUUUAACCAUUGUACUUCAAUGAUACCUGCAUACCAUUGUAGCCUUCUGUCUGAGUCCUCUGUUGAUGGCUUUCCGGGAACAUUUAAAUAUGGGGAUUUCAUAAAAAUACGAAAUGGACAUAGAUACUUGGCAUUGUCACAACAUUAUGGAAUAUCACCCGGCGUAACAAUGAAACCGCUGACCACAGUAUCGGAAAUAACAAAUUAUGAUGGACUGUUUCAACUUUUUCCACCUGACGGAUUCAGCGAUAAGUUGGGCUUAAAUAUACACUAUGGUGAACCAUUCCUUCUAAAGACAAUUAAGGGCGAUAAGCUCCAUAUUGGAAGAUCGAUAAUAUUGAACACAGACAAACCAGUUGAAACAAGACUUUUGGAUUUAUUUAAUGAUCAAGAUGAAGCCAUGAAUGUAAACAUUAGCCAUAGUCCAAUUACGGAUUACUCAGUUUUUCUGAAAAAAGAACACGCCUGCUCGUAUUUAAUUACCAUACGAUCGCACUGCUAUAACGGCAAGGUAAAACAUUACCAAAUAGAGAUGGUUGGUUCAAAAGGCACAACAAGCAAUACUGUAGUCGUUGGCAAUAUAGACGAUUGUCUAUGUCCUGGUAGGAAUCUCUGUGGCUCAUAUUGGUUCCAUACCCUGGUAGUAAACAAAGAUAUUGGAGGCAUUCACACAGUUCGAAUAACGGGAAAGUAUGGCGUAUCUACGGAUGGAAUAUGGGAACUGAAGGUCAAAUCUGUUAUAAAUGGAGAGAAAAGGCAGGUUGCGUGGGACUGGGAUCACGCUCGAGGUCGUGUACAUGAAAUAAAAAACAGUUUGAAAAAAUGGACAAGAAAGAUAGAUUUAGAUGUAUACCCUGUCCAGUUUACUUUCCUAAGUAGUAAUAUGGCUCAUCUUGAAGGACAACCAUUACAAAUUGGUGAUACUGGUUUUAUUCAUAUCUUGUCUUCCGUGCCACGAAUGUCUUUCUGGGACCAACCCAUAACUCAUGUGGUUAGCUUAGAAGAUAUGGAUGAAGUUGGAAUUAAGGAAAUAGGACCUAAACCGCAUAUGCCACUAUCAGCAGUGUGUGAUGACUUAAUAUAUCCAAGUGCCGCAAAUAUCAGCCACCGUUAUGAGAAUCCAGAUGGCACAUGUAUUUCAGUUUCGUUCGAUGUAAAAGUCCGCAUAAUGUACGUCGAAAUCGAAACUGACUCAACAGUUAAUUUUAAUAUAGCUUAUCUGAACGAAGUAAAUAAAACAUUUAUGCAGAUUCCAAAUGUUGAACGAACGCAAACUUCAAACACACAAAAUUUUACCUCAAAAUCACCAUUGUAUACCACAGCCAUUAAAAUUCGCACAAUGGACAAAAAAGACAAAAUGAAUAUUGCAAACCUAAUCAAAAUGAUACUUGUUGGUGGCUGUCCAAGUGCAAUAUUAGACACUGGGAUGCCAGAUACUGCCACAGAAGAAUGGACUAUAGAACUUAGUGACAAUGUCAUCAGAAACAAUCCGUAUCUUCAUGUUAUUCCAAGGUAUAAAACUACGGUCGAUCCAGUGGCGUUAUUCAGGGAAAUUGAAAGGCCACUUUCAAGGUCAUUUUCCUUGAAAUUUCCAUUAUUGGGAACUCAGUAUGAUUGUGACUUUCCUUUGGAGUCUUUGCAGAAUCGUCUACAGGAAAAUACGGCUGAAGUAAAAUUUGAUAUAAUGAAUAUUUCCAAAAACAAUACUAAGGACGGCCAAGAAUUAAGUAUUACGAUUGAUAUCACAUCAACGAACAAGGAUGAAUAUGAUCAUGCAUUGGUUUUGUUAAACAAUUCCAUUAUAUCAGCAAUAAAGGAUCACACAUGUUCUGGUGAAACCCGUCAUAUUUUAUCCGGACAGACUGGUACAUGCGACAGUUCAAGUCAAUCUUCGGCUUCGUCCGGACCCUUGUCAAUUAGAUGGAUCAUUAUCGGCGCUUGUAUUGUACUUACCAGUUUAUUUCAUAAGGAUCAAUUUUUAUAGAGGUAACAAUAUAGUAAAACAAAGUUACAUAUCAUUGAAUCAGAUAUGGUCAUGUUUAUAAAUUAACUGUUUACAAACCGUUGAAUUAUUCGAAAUAUUAAGGAUUUUCUACCCCAGGAAUGGAUUACCUUAGUUUUAUUCGGUAAAAGCUUUCGGUAUUUUGGGUCAUCAAUGCUCUUCAACUUCGUACUUGAUUUGUUCUUUUAAAUUUUUUUAUUCGAGCGUCACUGGUGAAACUUUUGAAGACGAAAAGCGCGUCUGGUGUACAAAUAUUUUAGCCUGGUAUCUUUGAUCCGUUUUAUUAUCACAUUGAAACAUUUAGAGUCGCAUCACUAUAACUGAAAAGGGCAAUAUCCGCACAUUGUGUGAGCAUCUGUAACUAGUUUGAUGCCAUUUGCAAAAGUCUCUAUCGUUAAGUGGGUUUUACUCGCGAGUGUUAAAUUUCGUGGUUUUGAGUUGAAAAUGUAAACGAAAUUGUUGACUAACUAAACUAAGUUUCAACUUUAUGUGACCACAAACUAUCCUAAACCAAAAACUACAUGUAACCUACCAUGAACCCAAAAUUUAACCUGAUACGGAACGGACGUAUGUGCUAACGGAAGGAAGCACACACCGGGAAAAAGUGUCCCCUUUUAUCGUAGUUGAGCCAUAUAAACUCCCAAAAAAGCUUCUAUCAAAGUUUAAUAACAUUUUAUAAAGGUUUGACAAAAUAAUUGUUGUCUAACAAACAAUAACCAUUCUGUUUCUACAUGUUAACUGCAAAAACGUAAGUUCUUUUGUCAGUACAAUAUGGAAAAACAAAACAAAAUUACAUAAAAUUCCAUGUAAUUUUGACAAAGUAAUUGAUGAAGGAAAAACUAUAACCCUACAAAAAAAAAACCCAAAAAACUACCAUUGCUACGGUGAAAGUCAUUUGAUUCUUCAAAUUUAAAAACAAAGUUUAAUAUAUUUUGUAUACUUGAAUGGCUAAGUUUUACUAUAAAACAUGUGAACAUCGACUCUCUUUUCCAAAAUAAUUUAUCAUAUCAAAAUCUUCAGAAAUUUAGUGCUAUUGAAUUCUAUAAUUCGCCAACAGCUUUUCCGUGUGCAGAGACCUAAACCACUUCGAUCGGCAACUGCACAGCACAAGAGCAAAAGAAAACCAAUGAUGAAAAGUGGAAGUUAUAUAGUGUUAAUUGAUUCUGAAAGGAAAAUAAAUUUCCAAACCAUUGAACAACUGCUAUGACUAUGUUUAGAUAUCAAAUGAAAACGCAUAUAAAAUAUAAAAAAAAAUAUAUAUUAAUUAGAGUUAUGAUCAGUAAACUUCGCCAAUAAAACCUGAAAGUUAAUAAACAGGCAAAGUUUUCACCGAAA